AUGGAGGCCAUUGUAGAAUCAAUCAAAGCUGCUUUGUCUUUAACUGAUGAGGAUACCCUUAUAAAGAUUAAAGAUCUCUUGACACAAAUUGGAGUUACAUGUUUGGCUGACCUGAUUCUUGUGAAAGAGGGUGACUUGACACCUGUGCUGAAAAUCAUCCAGGCCCGGAAACUAAUCAGCUUCUGGCAAACGACUGAAGCUCCUGUUCCCUUUGCAGUCAUACAAUCUGCAGUGCCACAUGCAGUGCAGCCAACUACACCUCCUGCUUCGACCUCGAGUGAUAGGCAGCCACGUGAAGUUGUGACACAUUUUCGAGAAUGGGAUUACGUGUUCGAAAUGCCCUGGAACAGGCUGCCAAGUGCUCUCUCUCGGGUGAUAGAGGAAAGGAAAAGGCCAUCUCCACAACAGCGGCGAGAAUUCGUUAGGAUUGUGGUUGAGAGGAUAGUGUCCAGUGGAUUUCUUAACCCCACUCGCACACAAAUAAGUGAGGUGUCAAGUAGCAUUGUGAGGAUGCACUCAGAGUCCUUCUGCGACAUGGGUGAUGCAGAUGUUCCACGAGGCAGUGGUUACUAUUCACUUGCCCGCCAGCUUAAAUCAAGAGUGGAACCACUGAAUAGGGGGAACAGCACCAACCGUGGGAGGGCACCUCGUCGUUGCCUCCAACCUCAAGGUGAAGAAGCUGAAGUGGAGGAAAUCGCCCCUCAGCAAAGACAGGUGAGCCAUGCAUGCCUCAAUGGAGGCGGGGCAACUACAUGCAUCACAGGUGCAAUUGCAAGCCUCCUAUGCUGA